AUGUAUACGGUCGGCCUACAAUCAGCUGCUGAUGCCUUUCUCCUCUCCAGCUUGCAGGUUCAAGUUUUCCUUGCUCUUUGUAUUCUAUUCGUCCUCCUCGUAUUCGGCCUCGACAGUAAUAAAGUCGACAAUGGUUCGCAAUCCCCUGUCUUUCUACCGGGGUCUCAUUUGCUCGCCAUCGCUCCGUUCUUCCAAAAACGCUUCGAAUUCCUCAACGACGGUUUCCGCAAAACGGGCCAGGCAUUGUUCCAGUUCAACAUGUUGCGGGAUACCGUCAUUGUUGUGUCCGGAGAAGCUGGUCGGAAGGCCUUCUUCACUAAUCGAGCCUUCGACCUCACCGAAGGUUUCAAAGUACUGUCUGGCGCCAUUCCCGUCGUCAAGGGCGUGACGUCUGAUCUGCAGACUCGUCGUGUAGCGCUCAUCCACAAGCGACUCUCUGCGUCUCAGAGACAGGAACAUCUGGCUCAACGCAUCAAACCUAUACUAGACGACUGUCGUCGUUUGAUGGAAGCAUGGGAACCUACCGGAACUUUUGACCCUUUUGAAAAUAUCUACGAACUGCUGUUCCAAACAACUGUACGAUCUCUUGCAAGCGAAGACAUUGCAAAUGACGCAGCACUCGUUCGUCGCCUCAAGCACCUGUACGACAUCCUGGAUAACGGGACGACUCCUGCAACCGUCUUGCUACCAUGGCUGCCUGCCCCGAGUAUGCUCAAGAAACUCUGGGCAACGAAGGAGAUUUACGGCAUUGUUUCACGUGCCGUGGACAACAGGGUGCAAAGCGGCGAGCACCGAAACGACACCCUGCAGAUGCUGGUCGACGCCAAGGACGAGAGAUUGGUCAUGAUUGGAUUCAUCAUGGGAUUGUUGGUGGCUGGUGCAAGAGCAACAGGCACUGCAGCGUCUUGGCUUAUCACAUUCCUGGGCAACAACGCGGAGUGGAAGGUCAAGGCGACGCAGGAGGUCGACCGACUAUUAGCCAUCUACCCACCCCAAAACAAAACGAUGUCCCUCUCGGAACAGCUAUCGGCUAUUCCUCUGGAGGCUUGGGAAGCGGAAACGUCUAUUUUGGAUGCAGUUAUCCACGAGACACUCCGGAUCGCGCAGCCACAUACAGCCAUGCGCCGCAAUCUCGGCCCUGAUACAUUCAUUGAUUCCAAACUCGUCCCAUCAGGGGCAUACAUAGUGUACCCUUUCUCGGAUGUGCAUCUUAACCCGGACAUAUACCCCGAUCCGUGGAAAUUCGACCCAAGCCGCGGGGAGGCUAAGGUGCCGUUCGGUUAUCUAGGAUGGGGUGGUGGGAAAACUGUUUGCCUGGGCCAACGCUUGGCGAGGUUGGAGCUCAAGCUCGUCACGUCUAUGAUGUUGUUGGGAUUUCGUUAUUCGACCGUAGGUGUGAACGGUGACCUGCUCGAUUCCCCCCCUCGACCCAAUUGGAACGACGCCCUUCUAUGCCGCCCAGAAAAAGGAUCCUGUUUCCUCCACUAUGAAAAAUUCACACCCACGCUGUGA